CGUCAAUUGAAAGAUUCUAAUAAAAAAAAAAUUUAACGAAACUUAGAAUCGCGCAUAUUUUUGAAUAAUUUUACAAGUGAUAUAGAAUUCUUUUUUUGCGCAAUAUGAAUGGUGUGAAAAAACCGCUACGUCGGUCCACAAACAAAGAAAAUAAUAAAGAAUUGAAAGAUGCAGAAUCGGGUAUACCAUUGCGUACGAUGGAGAGCAUAAUUGAUUCGAGGCACAUGUUUUUCUCGCAAGAGGAUUUCCAAAGUUGGUGUGAAGAAAUGUGGACCGCCUCGGAGACAAAGCAAAAAAUUAAAGUCCAGCUGUCCAACACCUCUCUACUUCUACUGGACUAUUUUCAAUUUAAGGCUGCGCGUACUAUUCAAAAAUAUCUCCGCCGCUGGUAUUAUGCGCGUAUCUACCAGCGCAAGCGUAGCGCUGCCAUACGCAUACAGUACGAAUGGCGUAAAUUCUACAAACUACGUGCGGCAUACCGCAAACUGGAGCAAGAAACACAAGAAACAGCGGAGAAGUUCUACUUCCGCCAGGCGCAAAAGAUUCAGGCACUGUGGCGCGGUUGGUUUACGCGGCAGAACAUACACGAUCACAAAGAGUUAAUGAAGUCGCAAGUGAUGACGGCGGAAGAUCUUCUGUUUUGUAUCGCCUUCAAGUUGCAUCAUAUGUUGCGCACCUAUCAGAUACCGGGUGUCUAUUCAUUAAGGAACUCACACUGUCUAUCUAAGGUUGAAAAACUGUUAGCCGCUAUGACUUUUAAACAGCACAACAAGUGUGUACGCCAACUACGCGCUAAACUUGAGAAAAGCACUAAUAAUGCCCGCACAAGGUUUGAAGAGUCUACUUUCAAUUCAGUCAUACCAUUUACUGGGCCCAAUGCACGCGGCCUCUGUGAACAGAAAUGUGCUGAUUUACAAAAAUCGAAGGAUUUAGAUCGUCGCAUGUAUAAGAUAUUGAAUAUGUUCGAACAGGCAGCCAAGGCAGAAACUCGAAAGCAACGAAGGGAGAGUCAUACAAGGGGGAAGGAACAAAAAGCUCAGUCUCCUAGGUCGAGAUCUAAACAACGCAAAUUACCACCAGCAGAGGAGAAAACAGAUUUUUGUGAGGAUAUUGUGGCUAGUAUGAAGCGUUGGAAUAUCUUGAAAGAGAAUAAUGUCACAGUAGAUCCUAACAUAUUUCGACGUCCGGAUUUGUUGGAAAAAUUUCUACAUGAAAUUGAGUCAAUUUAUAAUACGAUGCAAGACCGUUGCCAUUGCCGAAUACCUGAAGAUAUGUGCCAUUGAAAUUUUAACAGCAAAUCAAUUAAUUUAAACAUUUCGAAGGGGUGUCAAGAAGUUGAAAAUGCAAGCGAGCAGCAUAAGAGAAAUUGCAAAAUUUUCUAAUAAAUUGGAAAUACGAGAGCAUAGCCAUUUCAAUUCGUACAAUUUGACAUUCAAUAUACGCCAAGCUAGAUGCUCGCAACACUUGUCAAAUGAUGUAUGCGAAGCACAAGCAGUUCCAAUAUUUAGCAUUUGCAAACAGAAUUUUUCUUUUUUUAGUACAAGAAACGGUCAUACGUUGCCGCUUCUAUGAAUAUUACCAGCCAAUUGCUUACGUCAAUUGUUUUUCUUUAUUUUUUCUGCAAUUUUUGUUAUCUCGCAAUACUCGAAAACUCUUGAAUGGAAAAUAAAAAAAGCGAUCAAAAUCG